AUGGUGACCCCCCUGGGGCUGCUGCUCAGCUUCGCUGUCCCAGUGCUGGGGGUCUACGUUUCCGUCAGCUGUCCCAGAGGCAAGCAAUGCCAAAGGGCCCUGCUCUCAGGCAAUGACAUCCUACUGCACUGCGACUCCCCAGGGGCACACUGGCAUUACUACCUCGCACACAGCAGAGACCAGCCGCCCUCCAACCUCACCAGUGUUUCCAACACAGAAAUUACUCCUGAGGGCAGCCUCCUCAUUAGAGAGCCGUCGCACUCCCAGACGGGUGUCUACUGCUGCUUGAACAAGAAUGGCACCCAAGUGGCGCAGUACGAGAUUGACUUCCAGGACGUUACCAGGCUGCACAUAACACACAAAGACCUGGGGCAACAGCCCCUGCAGAAUGAGACCCUAUUCCUGGGUGGCAAGGAGCUCAUCUUCACCCGGUGGGAGCCCUGGCAGGACUGUAACCGCUGCGAGGAGCCGGGCGAGCGCAAACGCCUGGGGUACUGCUACAUCGAGGAGCCGCUGGAGGAGCCCACGCCCUGCUGGCUCUACCUGGGAGAGGUGAAGCUGUGGUCCAGCCGCCUGCGGCCCGAGAUGCAGGUGGAGGCCUGCACUGCCCAGUGCUUUGAUGAUGAACCGCUGGGGGUGGGUUACAUCACCUUUGACAACUUCGAGCUCAACCAGGAGUCAGAGUCUGUGUGGCUCUCCUGCCCCUUAGGAUCCAUCUACAGGCCAGUCAUCUGGGAAGCUGACGAAACCCCCCUGACGUGGCAGCGCCAGCUCUCGGGCAAGGCCGUCAACACCCAGCUGGACCUCACCACCGGCGGCAGGCAGCUGCAGAUCUUCCAGCCGGCCGUUUACAGGUGCUUCGUGCAGCAGGAGCUCAUGGCCCAGUUCAAUCCCAGGCCCAGCCCGGAGGCACUGCAGGCCCAGAGGGAAUGGGACGAGGCGCAGCUGCAAGAGGCCGGGGGAGCCUCGCCACGGAAGGCGGGCUCCGUCCUCACGGGCCUGAAGCUGGUGCUGCUCGCGGGCACUGUGCUGGCCCUGGCGGGGCUGCUGCUCAGGUUCUGCCGCCCUUCCCGGGGCAGGAGAAGGGACUGGGUGGUGCUGGUGAAAUAA